GCAUUUGUAAAUUUUUAGCGUUCAAACAUCACAUUUAUUUCGAAAUUUAUAACAGCAGCAAUUUUCCCUAAACACUCGGGGGGAAAAACAAAAAAGAGUUAAUUUCUUCGCGUAUUUAAAAUAUUGUUGAAUUUUAUUGCACAAAUCGCAAGUAGAAAGUAAACGAAACGAAAUACGAAAAACCGGCCUGAAAUUGUGUAUUGCAAAAACAAAUAAAUAACAAGUUUAGCAAGUUUUCCGAUUUUGUAAAAAGAUAUACGACACGAAUAUAAGUUAAAAGUGAGUCAGUGUAGUGUCAUUGCCUCCAUCUCCAACUCUUGAUCACGAUCUUCUCCAGAGUUCUAUUUGUCGAAAAAAGCCACAAAAAUAUUGCAAGCAAUUUCGUCUUCGUCAUAUAUGUAUGUGUAUAUGUAAUACGAGCAUAUGCACACACAGAGCUACUAAUACACACAUAGAAAAGAAAAGCUUCACGCACGCAUACAGACAGUACAUAAACACACACACACCUAACUGAGUACAUACAUAUACACAGCAAGCAACGAACGAUCAUCGCGUCAAGUGAAUCAACAACAACAAAACGUCUCUCUCGCGAAAGCUCCCUGGCAACAAUAAAAGCAACAGCAACAACAACAACAAGAGCAACAGCCUCAACAUGCAGAGCGACUUUCACAGAAUGAAGAACUUUGCCAACCCCAAGUCUAUGUUCAAAAGCAGCGCUCCUGCUGGCAACGCUGAAGCGAAUGCCAAUGCAAACACAGUGGCCCCCGGACGUCCGGAGCCAACGCCGCCAGUUGCUACUGAUGCCGCCCCAGCUCCAGCUGCUGCUGAGAACAACGCUGAGGAGCAGCCGAAGGCAAACGCUGCUGAUGCUGGAGACGAUGCUGUGCGCACAGAGCAUUUGUUCAAACACCCACUGCAAAACACAUGGACAUUGUGGUAUUUAGAGAACGAUCGCUCCAAGUCGUGGGAGGAUAUGCAAAACGAGAUCACCAGCUUCGAUACCGUCGAGGACUUCUGGAGCCUAUACAAUCAUAUUAAGCCGCCAUCAGAGAUUAAACUGGGCAGCGAUUACUCCCUCUUCAAGAAGGGCAUACGCCCAAUGUGGGAGGAUGCUGCCAAUAAGCAAGGUGGUCGCUGGGUCAUCACACUCAACAAAAGCUCCAAGAAUGACUUGGACAAUUUGUGGCUCGAUGUGCUGCUUUGUUUGAUUGGCGAGGCUUUCGAUCAUUCCGAUCAGAUUUGCGGUGCUGUUGUCAACAUUCGUGGCAAGAGCAAUAAGAUUUCUAUUUGGACUGCCAAUGGUAACAAUGAGGAGGCUGCUCUCGAAAUUGGACACAAGUUACGUGAUGCUCUGCGUCUGGGACGCCAGAAUUUGCUGCAAUAUCAACUGCACAAGGACACAAUGGUCAAGCAGGGCUCCAGUGUCAAAUCGAUCUACACUUUGUAAACCAAUUUAUGAGCGCAACUGUUUUACGUUACGUGUUUAUGUUGGACUUUAUUACCUGGUUAUCCCAUCUUUUAAUCGAGAAGGAAAACAAAAACAAUAACAGAAACACACCCUUGUUAUCAAGAAAAAGAACGGCGCAAGUUAUCAAGAGCCCCGCCUUUUUUUCUUGUAGUCAGUGUCAUGGAUUAUGCGAAAAAUAUAUAAAGAAUAAGCUAUAAAAACGAACAAACUGA